AUGCGCCUUCAAACAAUCCAAGGAUGGCUUACUGUGACUUGUGCAGAUAACGAACUAAGAAAUCUUCGUGAAGAGGGCAACGAAAAUCAGUGUAAGUAUGGAUACGAGGAUGAAAACCAACCAGGGUGUCGAUUCCAUCAGCUUAACAUUAAAACUGCUCACCUAUUAGCCAUUCGAUACAUAAGCAAACGUCGAUAUAAAUAUCAGAGGACAGUCAACGGUGUAACAUCUUACACACACAGAAAAGAUGCGCAUUUGUACGCAAUUUGCAGAAAAAAUUCUUGCACUUGCUGCAUGCAAUAUUACAGUCCUGACACCCUUUUGCUUACUCGGAGUUCUGACACAGCGGGAAAAAUCAAGCCAACCGCUAACGUCUCUGCACAGUAUAUCAUUGCAUACCAUGGAUCACAAGGGGCUACCUUGGGAAGACACUUGGAAACGAUC